GUCUCAUUCGCUAAAAAAAGAGGCGUGACCAUCCGAGCGGCGCUGAGUCGUGUUUAUGAUCUCCGAGAGGGGGGGGAGUGUACGAAGGCCGGAAGAGGAACUAGCGCCCCAUAUAGUCAGAGGAGUGGAGUGAGCCUCGCGCCCCCCCUUCUCCCCCUGCCAUCAUAAUCUUUGCCUUUUUUGCAUCCACCCGUUGUUACGAGUUGCUUCUCUACCAUUCAUGCUUUCUCCAUAGAACGACUCCUACCCUCUUCAUCAUCUAUCAACGCGAGAUGCAGCUCUCUCUCUUCCUCAAUGCCUGCUUUCUCGCCCUCGUUGCUCUCCUAGUCACACCGUCGCAGGCGACUCCCGUGACAAGAAGCACGAGCGCGUACUGCGAUGCAUUCACUAAAGCCUGCUCACUAUGGGCAAACACUACUUCCUCUUGCUCUUCCUCUUCUUCAGCACUAACAGUGUCGUGCAAGACAUCCACGACGGAUGUGACGGGAGACGUAGUCGCCCUCCUCGCCAGUCCAAACACCGCUACCCUCACCUCCACAAUGUCGACGACGGUCAGCUCCACACGGACACGUACAAAGACUGUGCAGCAGACUAGUACCGUCAAGGUCAAGGUGAUCAGCACUACUCAACUCACCGUCACUGCCGCUACGGUCACCUCCAAGACUACUCUACCGACGACGACGACGGUGAUUAGUGUUUCUACACCAUGGGUGCUUCAAAAUGGUGGUGCUGUGGUGGCAGCAGUGAGCGUGGACAACGUCGUCAGCAGCGUGGUUGGCGCUGCCAGUAGCGCAGUCGCUGCUGCCACGUCUUCCGUCGCUAGCUUGGGCCAGAUUGGCCACUCUGGCGAGUUCAUCGUAGCCAUCUCCGCUUCUGACAUCAUGCGUCGCGAUGUCAACGAGGACGAGGAGAAGGAGGAGGGAGAGGAGGUGGAGCUGUCUGCUCGCUCCGUCAAGAAGUCAACCGCGACCAAGUCCAUCGCGAGCACCUUCUGCAGCACCUACCUCGCCGCCUGUCAAGACCUCCACUUGCACUGCAAGCUCAAGCAGUCUCUCCUACACACUCGCCUGCAAGUGCACAAGCGGAAGCGACAAGAGUUCCUCCAUUCUGGCUUCACUAGCACAGAACCUCUCGUACAGCACAAAACGCGUCACUACGACGAGUACACAAGUCUCGACGUUGACUACCAGUACUACAUUGGCACCAGCGAUGACAACGCAGACUGUAAUUUCGACAAUUGUGGAUGA